AUCGCCGCGACCUCGGAGUACACGACCGCCAUCUAUUCUCCGCCACUUUUUGGCGACACCGACGCCACGUCGUCGCACUCGAAUCGGCAGAGCCACCACCACCCCCCGCAAUGACGUCGAGGCUGGAGAGCGGCGGGUUCCAGCUCCCGAACACCGAGCAGGAGAACGCACUCUUGCUCCGCGCGCUCAUCUCCGUCGUGUCCGGUGACACCGCCGCCGCGUCGUUGGUCCCGGAGGCGGCCGCCGCAGAGGCCCCUGCCGCCGCGGCGUCAGCGUGCGGGUGCCCCGGCGGCUGCGACCUCGCCGCCGCGUCGAGCAGCGACAGCGAUGGCGCGGAGUGCUCCGCGAGCGGCGGAGGCGCGGGCAAGCGGAGGCGGAGGCGGAGCAGGGCGAGCAGUUACAUGGGCGUGCGGCGGCGGCCGUGGGGCAAGUGGGCGGCGGAGAUCCGCGACCCGCGCCGCGCCGCGCGCAAGUGGCUCGGCACGUUCGACACCGCCGAGGACGCCGCCCGCGCCUACGACGCCGCCGCGGUCGAGCUCCGGGGCCGCCGCGCCAAGCUCAACUUCCCGGACGCCGCCGCCGCCGCGGCGGCGCGGGAUGUGCAGCCGCGCCGCCCGUUGCCCGGUCAGAGCCUCCGCGAGAACUGCGGGUCCAACGCCGCGUCGCCGCUGCACGUGGCGGUGGCGCGGGCGCCGACCACGCUGCAGGGAACAGGGCCGGCGCCGCCCAAGGACCAGGACAUCUGGGACGGCUUGAACGAGAUCAUGACGAUGGAUGACGGCAGCUUCUGGUCCAUGCCGUGAUCCUGCUACUUCGGCCGUCCAUCUCCGGAUCUUCCUCUUGUUGUUGUGCGUUUAUUUUUAUGAUGACCAGAUUCUACGGUUGUUUUUUAGGGGAAGAGAAUCAUAAAUUGAAUUUUGGAGCCAUGUGGCCACCAGCUCACUGGCUGUGCUGUAAAUCUGUAACUCGUCAGUCAGCCAUGGCUUUCGUACGAGUUUUACACCACCGUCAUCCCUCAAUCCCCUUUAA